UNUGAAAAGCCAACUGUAUUAAAAUGUCCAUCAAUUUGUUCCAGCCCCGAAACAACUAAUGGAAAUAAAAAUAAUAAGAAGUCUGAAAGUAAACAAAUCCACAUUUUGUCUGCAGAUAUUUCGUCAUGCGGCAAUCUUUUAGUUAUUUGUGAUAACAAUUAUCGUGUCAAUUUGUGGAAAAAUGAAAAUAUUACUUGGGACAUUGUAAACACUCGACAUUCUGCUCGUAAAUGUCAAAAAGUUAUUUUUAGCAAUCUACUUUCAGACAUCAUUCUAGCUGAUCGGGGUGGCGAUGUAUUUAAAUUUUCCUCUUCAGAAUUGAAUAGCGACGGAGAGUUUAUUUUAGGACAUAUAAGUUUUAUCACAGAUAUUUGUAUAUCCUCAGACGACAAAUACUUAGCAACUUGUGACCGCGAUGGUAAGAUAAGAAUAUCUAAUUAUCCUAAUUGUUACAAUAUCCAUAGUUAUUGUCUUGGGCAUGCAAUGUUCAUUUCUUCGGGGUUUUUUCUGAAACAUUAUACACUUGUAUCUGGAUCCGGUGAUGGUAGUUUAAGGUUAUGGGAAUUGGAUGGCGUUGAGAAAGAAUGUGAAAACUUAUGUCAAAAUAUAACUUUUGAUGAUGGUGAUAACAAAUGUGAGACAUUUUCGUUUAUUGAAGAUUCCGUUAGGGAUGAUUUGUCUAAAGAAAGUUUACAGUGUUCUAUUCAAUGCUGUAGAAUAGAUGUGAGAAGAAAUUUAUUAGUUGUAGUUUUUCAUUUUUUAAAAGGAAUUGCUUUGUACAAAAUUUCUGAUUGCAAGUUUCAAUUCAAGCAGUUUAUGAAUUUGUCAUAUAGAGUCAAGGAAGUUCUAUUUUUGGAGAAUAAUAAUUUACUGAUUGUAUCAAAAGAUGUACCAAUAACAUUUUGCGAAUUUAAAUUUGAUGAUGAAACUGAUUGUUAUAUGUUGUGCUCAAAGUCUGAAGUUUCAGAAUUUACCAAAGAAGUACAAAAAUUUUAUAAUGGUUUUGAAAAUGUUUUGAAUUUUGUGGAAGAUGAACAUAUGUUGUUUAAAAAGAAUUAUGAUAAUGAUGAUCAAGAUGAACAUAAAUCUAAAAAGAAUAAAAUAUAACUUUCUUGUUAAA